AUGCAGAAAGAUGCUGAUGAAAAAAUUAAAGAAAGUCGUCAACUUGACAGUGAAUUAGAAAAAGAAGAUAAAUAAAAUUAUCAUUAUUAUUAUCAUCACUAUAAAUAUAUUUAUUUAUUAUUAAUCAUAAAUAAUAAUAAAUCAUGAGUGUCGGACCUCUGGUAACGGAGAUAGUGCUGGCAUUUUGCCUGGCCACGACACUUUUAUACCGAUAUGGAAAUAUAUUUAGAAAUCAUAUUGUUGUUACCGUAUCUGUACUUAUUGCUUGGUACUUUUCAUUACUAAUUAUAUUUGUUUUACCAUUAGAUGUAUCAUCUACUGUAUAUAGGCAGUGCAUAGAACACAAUAACCAUUACAAUUCAUCAGUUACUACAGACAACAGUAGUAAUAAUAAUGUAACAAUAAAAUGUGAGAAACCAUGGUCCAGUGUACCGGACAGUGUGUUUCCAAAUUUAUGGCGGAUUGUAUACUGGACGUCGCAAUGCUUGACGUGGUUGAUAUUACCAUUGAUGCAAUCGUACAUAAAAGCUGGUGAUUUCACAGUAAAAGGGAAAUUAAAAUCUGCUUUAAUAGACAAUGCUAUUUAUUAUGGAAGUUAUUUGUUUAUUUGCGGUAUAUUAUUGAUAUAUAUUGCAUUGAAACCUGGUUUAGAUCUUGAUGGUCAAAAAUUAAAAGCCAUCGCGUCGUCGGCUUCCAAUACAUGGGGACUUUUUUUAUUAAUAAUGCUACUGGGUUACGCAUUAGUUGAAGUACCACGUGGAUUAUGGAAUGCUAGUAAACCGGGUUUUACUUUGCAGUACAGUUACUUUAAAGCUUCGAAAUUAAAUUUAGAAAAAUGCGAGGCUGAAGAAACUGUCGAUGAUAUUUUAGAGUCGUUGCAAGCAGCGUCAAUAGCGAUAAGCAGCACGCAUCCGUUUCAUCGUAAUUUAGAAACAAUAUUUCAAAAAGUUCCCGCUGAAUUAAAAGAUCGUAUGAAUAGAAGACAACUUGCUGAAGAUGCGCAUACUAGUGCGCCUUCUGAAAAAUCUUUGAUUCGAUUGCACAGACAAACAAUUAAAGCUCUACAGACACUCCAAAGAACGGAAACUCAGUGGGGAAUUUUGGUCGAGACAAUUUUUCAUCUUGAAGAUAUUGCGAAAAAUCAAACGAAUCAUGACAGAAGAUUUAAAUCAUCAUUUCCGGUUUCUCGCCCACUUUUCAUUCGUUUUAUUUAUAAUCCAACACUAGAAUGGUAUUGGAAUUGUAUAAUCAAAAGUCAUGUACAAAAAGUACUAGCAAUAGCUGCCGGUUGUUUAUCAGUAGCAGUGGUUUGGUCUGAAGUGACUUUCUUCAAUAAAUCACCAGUGCUGUCACUAUUUGCUCAAUUUUUAAAUUUAGCUUCUGCAAAAUACGACUACUUAACAAUCGAGAUUUUAUCAACGAUGAUCAUUGCAUAUCUCUGUUACUGUGCAUACUCGACAGUACUUAAAAUACGUCUGCUGAAUCUCUACUACCUGGCACCUCAUCACCAGACCAACGAGUACAGUUUAAUAUUCAGCGGCAUGAUGCUGUGUCGCUUGACACCACCAAUGUGUCUAAAUUUUCUGGGAUUAAUUCACAUGGACUCGCACAUUAUCAAAACGCACAUACUAGAGACCCAUUACACCCAAGUUAUGGGACACAUGGACGUCAUAUCAAUAAUAUCUGACGGUUUCAAUGUCUACUUUCCAAUGGCUAUCUUGGGAUUUUGUCUAGCGACUUACUUUAGUCUUGGCAGUAGACUAUUAUCUGUACUGGGGUUCCAACAAUUUCUUGGUGAUGAUGAAGUUACUACUGAUCUUGUUGAUGAAGGGAGAGAAUUAAUACAACGAGAGAGACGUAGAAGACAACGCAUUGAAGAAUCAAUACUUCGCCGUCGUGAAUUUCAAGAACGAACAAAUAAUCCAACACGUAAUCGUAAUUCACGACAAAGUGUCGAUACCGUACGAUCUGUUAAACGUGACGAAUCUACUGAAUCAGUAAGAGCAGGUCUAUUGCGUGAUUUCGAUACCUCUGAUUACUAUGUCGGCACGACAUUUAAUUCAUCACCAAACACAUAUGGAGUGUACGAACGUAACGGUUAUCAGUCCAGCGAUUUUUAUGAUAUAAAUAAUGAUGACAAUAAUGCGGGAUCCUAUUCGUCAUCAUCAGUAAACACUAACAAUAAUAAUAAUAAUAAUAACAGUAGUAGUAAUUACAGUAGAGCACCACCACGAAGAAUAUUUGAUGAUGUGUGAGUUUAGAUACCAGCACCAAGCAUUUUUUUUUAUUUUUAAAACAUAAAUAUAUAGAUAGGAAAUUAAUACACUGUAAAAAAUUAACGGAGUAAAUCCGGAGAAAUGCGGAGCGGGUGACUGUUUUUUUUAAUCCCUUCGGAGUAAAAUUCAGUAUGAAGGGAAAUUGAAUUCAAAAUUGAAAAUCAGGUUUCGAGUAAAAUUCACUUUUAUUUCAGUAUUGAAAUUCUGAAUCGGAGUAAAUGCGGAUUGAAAUAAAAUCUCUGCUGAAAAAAAAAUUCCUUAUUUACUCCGUAUAUGAUUUUUUAUUUAAACUCCGGAACUCCAAGUGACGGAGUGAGUUCGGAUUUGAAUGAAAUCUGUAAUCACUCCGAAUUCACUCAAAUUUUUGAAUUUUUUUUCAAUACCUCAAUUAAAAAAAAAAAAAACUAAAAAUAUGCACAUGUAAGAAAUUAAAAUAACUAUCAAUACAAUUUUUCAAAAUAUUUUUUAAAAGUAAUUUACUGUUUAAAAAAAAAAUUCAAAAAUUAUUAGACGUCAGUCAACUUCAGUCUCAUAUUUUUUUACAGUGAUAUUGAUAUAUAUGUAAUUAAAAAAUAACUAUACUAAAUGAUAAUGAGCCUUAUUCAAAUAAUUUAGUUAUUAAAUAGUAAUAUAUAAAUAUUUAUUGAUAAGAUCUUUAAGUAAUUAAUAUACAAGGUAAUUUAUAAAA